CAGAAGGCGUAUGCAUAUCUUCGCGGCCAGAAGCGACUGAUCAAGUCAAUUCUGGCUACGAUACAUCUCACAAGUGGCAUGCCUGGUCGAGGCUCAGAGGUCGGCAGGAUGCAGUGGGUCAAUACUAUCGGCAAUAAGCGCAACGUGUUUGUAUACAACGGGCAGAUCAUACUCAUCUUUCCAGACAACAAGGCCACAACCAAUCACGAUAACUCAAUCUAUAUCGUGUGGAAUUCUUGCUCAUCAGCGCAAAAGAGCAUCUUUGUCUAUCUCGCGUACGUCCGGCCAUUUUGCGAGUUUCUC